AUGAGCCAAAGAAGGGCAUCCGGCCACAAAAGCAAGCCAAAGGCACCUUUCCCUCCCGACCCUGACGCCGAUACGGUUGCUCUCGCUCUAGAACCUUUGCCUCUUCUUGCACCUGCAGACGGUCCCACAAACGACAGCCCUGCCGCUGCUGAAGCUGAUGUUGCGAUUUCCUCGACUACCUCGUCAUCCGUACAAACCGCCUCUGACCCAUAUAACACGGCACGCCACCCUCGAUCUCGCCCUUCCACUUUGCGAAGCCGACCAUCUGCCCUUUCACACGCUUCCAGCGCCGGCGAAUAUGGUGACGAUACGAUCGAACCGAACCCUCAAUCUCCCGUCCCGCCUCUAGACGACGGCACAAUGCCUUCGAAACCUUCUCUUCUGCGCUCUUCGCGCGACGACGCCCCGUCAUACGGUGCCGUCUCCCAAGACCCCAGCCGCAAUGUAUCACCUACCGGAAGUGAUUCAAGGACGGGAAACGCACAUCCGAUGCGAUAUGUCUCCGAUACCACCAGGUCAGCUUCCUCGAGGUUCUCUACCGCCUCAAGGAGGGAGAGCUCUCGCCUCUCCGAGGAGCUGGAUGCUGCCGCCCUUACAACCGGGCUGGAGGGGCGCUUUGGCGUGACCCAAGCUCCAGUGACGACAAACAUGCUCGAGGAUGCCAAGUCAGACGCCGCCGAAGAUGAGGUGGACUACGACGACUACACAGGCAGCGAGCCUGACGAGGAUCCGGUUGACAACUCGCCUCACGAAGUCGUCCGCGCCUCGGUGCCGCCGACAGAUAAUAUCACCCUGUCCAUCAACACCCCGAGGAUGUGGACACUCUCGUUUCUCUUUUCGGUGCUCGGCUCUUCGACCAACUUGUUCUUCUCGCUACGAUACCCCAGUGUUGCUAUUACGCCUGUCAUUGCCUUGUUGCUCGUCCAUCCACUUGGUCUCAUGUGGGACUACCUUCUCAAAUAUCACAGCGAUCCUGCGGAGGAAUUUCUGGAUGGUGUCCUCCAGACUGAUGGCGAGAACCGCCCGCCAGCGAAACGGUCCUUGACCCGAUUUCGCAGAUGGCUCGCGCAAGGACGGUGGAACGAGAAGGAGCAUACUUGCGUCUACGUGAGCAGCAACGUCUCGUUCGGAUUCGCUUUUGCUACCGACGUCAUUGUUGAGCAGUCUAGGUUCUACCACCAGGAAGCUACAACAACCUACCAAAUUCUCCUGAUUCUUUCGACUCAAAUCCUCGGUUACGCCUUUGCCGGCCUUACGCGUCGAUUUCUGGUUCGACCCAGCGGCAUGAUUUGGCCCGGAACUUUGAUGUCCGCGGCCAUGUUUGGGACACUCCAUAAGGAGGAGAACAGGAUUGCAGACGGUUGGAGGAUCUCAAGGUGGAAGUUCUUCUACCUCGUUUGGUUUGGAGGGUUCGUCUUUUACUUCCUUCCCGGCCUCCUGAUGCCGUGCCUCAGCUACUUCAACGUCAUUACGUGGUUUGCGCCGAAAAACGUGGUUGUCGCCAACCUCUUUGGCACCGUCUCUGGUCUGGGAUUGUUUCCCUUGACCUUUGACUGGGCUCAGGUCACGUACAUUGGGUCUCCUCUUUUGGUCCCCUUCUGGGCUGCCAUGAACGUCAUUGGUGGUCUCGUUAUCGUCAUGUGGCUUAUUGCGCCUAUCGCCUACUACGCCAACGUCUUCUACUCAUCCUAUAUGCCAAUUCUGUCCUCUGCGGUAUUCGACAACAAAGGCAAGGUCUAUGAUGUGAGCAAGAUCCUGACCCCCGAAUUCCUUUUCGACAAAGACGCAUAUAGCAAGUACAGCCGGGUUUUCCUGCCCAUCACCUAUGUGCUCAGUUAUGGUGUUCAGUUCGCUGCCCUGGCGGCGCUCCUGACGCACACAUUUUGCUGGCAUGGCAAGGACAUGUGGAACACGUGGAAGACGGCCAUGGCGGAAGCUCGCAAUGAAGGGCAGGCGGUUUACCAGCCUGUCUCAGGCAGUUCUGAGCACAUCAGACCUCAGCGAUCUUUCAACAGCAGCAACGGAGGUCUCUCGAGAUCUUCUUCCAACCUCGAGGGCAUGAUGUUCCGAGAAGAUGUUCACUGCCGACUGAUGAAGCGGUACAUGGACGCCCCCCUUUCCUGGUAUCUAGCAACGUUUGUCACGAUGCUGGCCGUGGGCAUCUUUGUUGUUGAAUAUUACCCCAUCCACCUCCCGUGGUACGGCUUGCUCAUGUCACUAGGGAUCUGCGCCAUAUUCUUCAUUCCCAAUGGCAUCAUCAUGGCAGUGACCAAUCAGCACAGCAGCAUCUAUUUGAUCUGCCAGCUCAUCUGCGGCGCCGUGUUCCCUGGCCGCCCAAUCGCAAACAUGGUGUUUGUCACCUAUGGCUACAUCUCGUCAGCUCAGGGCAUCAAGUUUGCCUCCGAUCUCAAGCUUGGCCACUACAUGAAAAUUCCGCCUCGCAUCAUGUUUUCGGUGCAAAUGGUGGCCACGAUUGUGUCGUCCUUGACCCAGAUCGGCGUCCUCAACUGGAUGUUUGCCAACGUCAAGGGCAUCUGCACGCCAGAGGCUGUCAAUGGCUUCACAUGCCCGAUCGCGCGGGUGCACUUCAACGGCUCUAUUUUAUGGGGUGUGGUUGGACCGGGUGAGUUUUUCGGACCGAACGCAACGUACCGCGGACUUGUGUGGUGCUUCCUCAUUGGAGCCAUCGCACCGAUUCCCCUGUGGCUCUAUGCACGCAAGAAUAGGCACAGCAUCGUUCGAAAGAUUAACCUCCCGGUCGUUUUUGGAUCCAUGGCGUGGAUUCCACCGGCGACGGGACUCAACUUCUCGGUGUGGGCGGUGGUUUGCUACGUCUUCAACUACCUGGUCAAGAGGAGAAAGAGCGCGUGGUGGGCAAAGUACACCAUGACCAUGAGCGCAGCGUUGGACUCGAGUCUGGCGUUCGGCAUUGUCGUGGUGUUCUUCGGCUUCGUCUACCCCGGGCACAUGAAGGGCUUCAAAUGGUGGGGUACGGAAGUCUACAAGCAAGGCUGCGACUGGCAGGCGUGCUCGUAUAACACGGUACCCGAAGGAGGGCAUUUCGGCCCCGACAAGUGGUGA